AUUCUGUGCAUCAGAGAAAUAGGCCCGUCUUCUACCACCUAUGAAUGCUCUCUGAACAGCUGACUCUGUCUCAGAAGAAACUGUCAAGAAACGUUUGAUAUCAACCAUCUCAAAAGAAUAAUAACUGUCAUGACUAAAGAUGGAGUCCAAGGGGUCGUGGAGGAGGCGGACCAGGCCCCGUCGAAGAAAGGCCUGAAGAAACAGCAGAAGGAAGCGGAGAAAGCGGCUAAGAAGGCUGAGAAGCAGGCCAAACUGUCUGCUGACCAACAAAGCACAGAUGACGAUGAUUUUGCCAAGGAUCGGUACGGUGUCCCUCCGAUGGUACAGUCCCAGCAGAAACUGGACAGAGGGUUGGUGCGUGUCCAGGAGCUGACACCUGAGAAGGCUGGCCAGCUGAUCUGGGUGCGCGCCCGGAUUCACACCAGCAGAGCUAAAGGCAAGCAGUGCUUCUUGGUCCUGCGUCAGCAGCAGUUUAACGUGCAGGCCCUGGUCGCCGUGGGGGAGCGUGCCAGCAAGCAGAUGGUCAAGUUUGCCGCCAACAUCAACAAGGAGAGCAUCGUGGACGUGGAGGCGGUGGUGAAGAAGGUGGAGCAGACGAUCGAGAGCUGCUCUCAGCAGGAUGUGGAGUUGCACAUAGAGAGGAUUUUUGUCAUCAGCCAGGCCGAGCCUCGUCUGCCCCUGCAGCUGGAGGAUUGCGUGAGGCCGGAAGGAGAGGGGGAUGAGGAUGGAAGAGCGACGGUCAACCAGGACACCAGACUGGACAACCGAGUCAUUGAUCUCAGGACAACGACCAGCCAGGCCAUCUUCCGCCUGCAAUCCGGAGUGUGCCAGCUCUUUAGAGACACCCUGACCAACAAGGGCUUUGUGGAGAUCCAGACCCCCAAAAUCAUUUCAGCUGCCAGUGAGGGUGGGGCGAACGUCUUCACUGUGUCCUACUUCAAAACCAGCGCCUACCUGGCCCAGUCUCCCCAGCUCUACAAGCAGAUGUGUAUCUGUGCUGACUUUGACAAGGUGUUCUGUGUGGGACCAGUGUUCAGAGCAGAAGACUCCAACACCCACCGUCAUCUGACAGAGUUUGUGGGCCUGGAUAUUGAGUUGGCGUUCAACUACCACUAUCAUGAAGUGAUCGAGUCCAUCACCGACACCAUGGUUCAGAUCUUCAAAGGACUCCGAGACAAGUUCCAGACAGAGAUCCAGACGGUGGGGAAGCAGUACCCCAGCGAGCCAUUCAAGUUCCUGGAGCCCACUCUUAGGCUGGAGUAUUCGGAAGGCGUGGCCAUGCUCCGGGAAGCGGGGGUGGAGAUGGGAGACGAGGAAGACCUCAGCACUCCCAAUGAGAAGUUGCUUGGUCGUCUGGUGAAAGAAAAGUAUGACACUGACUUCUACGUGCUGGACAAGUACCCCCUGGCAGUGAGGCCCUUCUACACCAUGCCUGACCCUAACGAUAAAAAAUACUCCAACUCAUACGACAUGUUCAUGAGAGGAGAGGAGAUCCUCUCUGGAGCCCAGAGGAUCCACGAUGCCCAGCUGCUCACUGAGAGGGCCAUGCACCACAACAUUGACCUGGAGAAGAUCAAGUCCUACAUUGACUCCUUCCGAUACGGAGCUCCCCCACAUGGAGGUGGUGGCAUUGGACUUGAGAGAGUCUGCAUGCUCUACCUGGGUCUUCACAACGUCCGCCAGACCUCCAUGUUUCCCCGUGAUCCCAAACGCCUGACCCCCUGAGUGGCCAUCGAUCGCCAUUGGACACAGAUGCAGGACAUGGGGAAACUACAUUUUAAUCUCCAACACACCAGACAGAGGAGACAUUAGUGGCACAACACUGAAGUGCCACUGUGAUUAACAAGAGAAUAAUAGAUAAUCAAGCCAGGCUACGACAGUUACCAGUAUUCAGUUAUAGAAAAUGACACGGGAAGAAAUAGAACCAUAAUAUAAGGGAUAAAUAAUUUUAAGACAUUAUAUAAGUGGAAUAUGAUUUAGAGAUGUAAUAACUUAGAAUUAGCUUGAGUGCCUGUCUGUUUCUGCUAUCUUGCCAACUGCUUAUGGACUUGUCAUGCCAUGUUUGGCUUGACAAUGGAGUAGGCAAAAGUACAAACAGUUUCCAGGCUUCCCUAGGCUCACCAAUAGGGAUAAUAAAUCUGUGUUUUUAAUGUCUAACACUUUUCUAUAGGGUUUAUCAACUUUGAUACCAGUCUUUGUCAGAGUACAGAGGUAUGACUAAUAAAUAGUCUUGGUCUGGUGACAUAAUUUUUAAUUAUUGCAGUUUUUAAAGUAAUUGGAAGAAAAAAUAAAUAAAAGUACUUCCAAAAGCUUG